CCCAUCCCCAUGCCCCUCCCACCCACUCAGCCACGGGUCACCCACUCGCUCAUCUACUGUCAAUUGUCUGUCUGUCGGCCUACACGAGUGAGUGCACUAAGGGCACACAAGCGCAUGCCAUGCCUCUUCCACACUAAGACAACGCAGCGUCUUGUGCUCAAACAGGCUAGCUACGGCUGUCUAUCUGCCAAGGCCCUGCCGCUUUAUCUACUCGCUGCCUCGAUCGAUCCAUCGAUCACAUGGCAUAGGUCAUUCCUGAAUGAAACACAUACACACACGCCACUUACAUGCAUGAUACCCACCCAAGCCCCCAUCAGGCCACAUGUUUCAUGUCUGUCUAUCUGCUGCCCACCGGUGUAGUCAGUGACGACUGCGGGUGGGGGAGGGGGUGGGGGCGGCGGUGGGGGGGGAGGGGGCGGUGGUACGCCAUGGGGGGCUUGCUGCGGACCCUUUUCGCCCUCAUUCGCGGCUGCUUCAGAUGCCGUGGGCUCGCUCGUUUCGGGCGGGACUUGUGCCUCUGUGCUGCUCUCUGGCGCUGUUGGCCCGGUUGGCUCGGGGGUGGGCUCCUGUGGCGGUGCUGGAGGGAGAAGGAUGGACAUGAUCUCUGCCCGAAGGGUGGGGAAAGCCGGUGUGAGGAUGCCCCACACAAUGUUAAGCAGCGGCGAGGAUGGGUCGAUGCGGCCAUCCUGAUCCUGAGCGACCAGGACAAAGUGACACAACGUGCGAAAACAUGCAUGAGCGCCGUUCAACAGGUGCACUGCAGUGUGCGUGUGCAUAAUUGUGGGGUGCCCACCAUGGAGGUGGAUGUGGCCACGACAAGGAUGAGGUUCUUGAGGUUCUCCAAAUAUGAGUCGAGCAAAAGCGCAGGCGCCACCUAGACACACAACAGGUGACCAUCGCGGUCGAUCUUGGUCUGGUGGUCUAUUUGCUUGUUGGUCCUAUGUGGGCUGUGUUGGCUGGCUGACCUGUGCCUGUUCGACCAGCACCGUGACGAUGACCUGUGUGACCUCUAUAAAGUCCUGUGGCGGAGUGGUCCUCAGCUCACCGCCGCCCCCCGCUGUCGCCAGGAGAAAGUCCAUACGGGUAAGCACUAUGCGACAUAGCAGCCCUGCAGCAGACGCCUUCCGCUGACACAACUGGAUGAAUGGAUGGAAGAGAGACAUCAAGGGAGGCGCAUAAACACACACAUGUACAUGUAUGUGCCUUCGUUGUGGGACGGGUAGUGGCAGCUGCUGCACACUGACCUCUUCGUUGCCCAUAGCUGUGUAUGCCUCGGUAGCGACAGCAUUGAGAGCCCUGCCACCGUCGCCCGAUGGCAUGAGUGGUGUGAAGGAGUAGGUGAUGAGGGGCACGAGGGCCUCGCUGAGGCCCUGCUUCCACAGCCCUCGAUCAUCGAUGGCGGGGCACUCCAACUCGGCCUCGCCCCCAGACUCCUGCACCAGGAACAGCUUCUGCAGCAGCUGCAGCGCCAUCGAACGGGUCGGCUUCGGAGCGAACGCCGCAACCACUGCCAGAGACUGACAGAAUGCGAAACAAAAUACACACACACACAUACAUACAUACAGAGGAGCGACACGAUAUCCUUCCUAUAUUGUUCUAUACACGCAUAUCCAUGGCGGCUGACCUUGACGGUAGGCACCCACAGGUCCUCCCAUCUCCGGCGUGACCCAGGUUGGGUCAUGCCGCUGUCGGCAGUGCUGACGAGCCUCGGCAAGAGUGACCCCAGGCUCUGGAGGGCCCGAGAGCCAGUGUUGGCCUGGCCGGCUUUCCCCGCCCCCCCGCCACUCGCAUCGCUCGUCUCGCUGCCGCCCGAUGCAGCGAGCGUCUGCUGCUGGGGAGAGGGAGUGGUGGCUGGGGGUGCGAUGGCGAGGGCGAUGAGUGUGGAGAGGAGGAUGGGGUACUGACCCGCCUCGACCAGCAUCCAGAGGCUGGGCUGCGCCUCCAGCCACUGAGAUAGGCAGUCGUAGGUCGUCGACAGCAUCGAGGGACGCUCGCGGCCGUGGGGCAGGGUGGCGAUGCGGUGCAGGAUGGCCAGAAUGGUCUUGAGGCCAGACGUGUUGGCGGGGUUGGUCAGAUGAGACUGGUCGAUCAGAAGCCACAACGCACAAGCGAUGCGCUCUGAGAGGAAGGAAACACCACAACGAUUGAUUCCACACAAACUGCACACACUCGCAUGGCUCUCUCGCAAGGGCGGACUAAUAUCCACCCGACCUGUUUGUGUGUGGGGUCGGCUGGCUGGCUGACCUGACCUGCAUGUUGGUGGAAGUGUCUGCCGGGUAACUGUGCGACCAGCUGCAGGAGGUGCAGUAGCGAUGCCGCCAGGUCAUCCACGUGCAUCAGCCGCAGACACAACCGCAGUGUGUUGACCACCAGCCGCUCCACAAAACGCUCCUCUAUCGACGCGCUGCGCCGCCCCCCGCCGCCCCCGCCGUCCUCCACUGAGGUGCCCUGGCUGAUGUACCGCAGCAAGGCGUCAAAGUGCCCCACGACGAGAGCAAAGGCUUGCUGCUGCUGAUCCCGCCCCGCGUCGGCCGAUGUGGGAGAUGCGGGGAUCGUUGUGAUGGUGCCCCCGCUGGUCUGGCUCAGCAGAGAGGGGGAGUGCUCACGCGCACAAGUCACAUUGGUCAGCAGCUCGAGGCAGAAGACAGCGUCGGCAAGGUCUCUGAACUUGUCAAUCUCGGGCACGUCGGGUCGCAGGACGGCUCCCCAGUCGGUGUUCACGGGCUUGGUGCACUGCCUGCGGGGUGCAUCCGUGGCUGAGGGAGGGGGGACUGCAGCUGCUGGAGCAGCAGGGGCCUCGGUGGCUGAGGGCCCGCUGGGUGGUGGCACCCUGGGGCGGAUGUCAGACAGCUGAAUGAGCACCUGAGUGAGGGCCACACACGACUCCUGCGGCAAGUGACGCAGCCGCCUGCACACCACACAACAGCACAGCCCACAACACAAGAGACAGCGAGGGACAGUCAGUGCAGUGAGGGGUGGUAUGGUGGCUGCGGUCCACGCUUGCCUUCCCCUGCCUCUCUCUGCUCACUCUGAGAGGAACUCCUCCAGCUUGCACGACUGGAUGAAGCCCUUGAUCUGUGUGUAGGGCGUCUGCUCGUCCGCCGUCGUGCCCUUGUCUGCAUCCAUCCCGUGCAUUGCUGCCGCUGCGGCGGUAUCCGAAUGGCCUGAGCUAGCCGUGGCGGCCGAGGUGGCCAGGCUCGAGCGACCCAUGGCGUGGGAAGCAGGUGGAUUAGCGGGCAUGGCGCCAGUGCAAGUCAGCGACGAAUUGAGGAGGUACAGGUGGGUUGACGGUGAAGUGCCGAUCUGCAGCAUACAUAUCCUCAAUGAAUGCAGCCAGCCAGCACUCGAAUGGAACGGAAUGAAAGGACGGAUGAGCUAGCUGGUGCCGGCACGCUAUUCAUCGUCAUGUGUCCUGUCCUGUCGUGUCCUGUCUGUCCACCCCUCCCGUCACGAGCUAUAUACUGACCGCAUAGAUAUCAUCCUCGUCGUCGUCGCUGUCCUCCCCCGACGCCAGCCAUGCGGUGAGUGAUUCGAAGAACCCCCCGCCACCCCUCGCCGCCUCGCCCUCUGUCAGCUUCUUGGCCAAACGCGGGGGAGGGGGACUCCACACGCAUAGCCUCGUCAGGGGCUUACCCGUCGGGUCGCUGAAGUCAUCCAGCUCCACUAGAGACGACGGCAGCAGAUCGAGGGCUGCCAGCCGAAGAAGGAACUCCACCACAGAUGCCCACCCUUCCCUGACGUGACGGACGACGCAACGCAUUAACGUACGUACGUACGGGGUGGGUGGGUGUAUUCACGUCGCAUCAAUGGAUCGAUGCAUAUCAUAUGCAUACACAUGAGCGGUGCUGUCUGUGACGUACACACAUCCUCACUCACCUGAGUAGGUUGGCAGACUGUGAGACUGUUUGGAUGACCGCUGGAAGCGCCAUCUGACUUCGCACCGUCAUCCAGUAAUUCACAUACCCACACUGGACCUGAUCAAUUCAAUGGAGGGAGGGAGGGAGGGAGGGAGCAACGACACACCUCACUCUUUUCACCAUCGCAGACGUCUCCUAGCAGUGCCCUGGUCGAGCGCACGUACGUCUACGAGAGUAUUGAGGGCCUCCGCGUGUGUGAAGUAGGUGGCUACGCGCCCGAUGUCCAUGAAUCCUGUGAUGCACUGCAAUAAUACGGCCUGGCCGGCAUCCAACAGACAGACAGACGGAAGGCAUACAUACAUACAUACAAGGGAGGAAGGCUGCCGACAGGCUCUCUAUCCCCCACCCCAUGGCUGCAUUCACUGAUUGGGUGGGCGCGCCGUGGCGUGUGGCCGUACGUACCUGGUCGUGGGUGGUUUCGAAUGCCUUCUUGAGCGUGGCCACAGGUUGUGUCUCCCACAUGACGCCAAACAUGUCUCGCUCGUGCGCGCCGGCACGCUGGACGGGGCUAAAGGUGGAGAACUCAUCCAUCGCCUCUUGACGACGCAUUAUGCGGUCCUGAGCCACAAACAGCAAUUCAAUUGGCGAGCCAGUUAGUUGGGUGGGGUGUGUGGGUGGUGCAGGCAGGCAGGCGGCCAUAAUAUGGCGAAUGAGAACCACAGCCACCCAUCGACCGCCUCACUGACCCACUGACCCCCUCACUCACCCAGUAUGCAGUGUCGUCCUGCAGUUCCCCUUCAUGAAGGCGGAUGGGUUCCUCUCGUAUUGACUCGUACACCUCCUCCAGAAAGUGGGGCGGCAAAUCCUCACUCGCAUUCAACCCGCGAUUGUUGCGAAUGAACUCCUGUACAGACAAACACACAUGCACAUGCACAUGCACAUGCACAUGCACACGCACACAAACAUGUUCUGACGACGUGUGGGUGGAUUGAUUGGAUUGCCGCCUCGACUAUCUGCCUCCCCCGCCCCCUUCACUCACCUGGAGGGUCAUUUUGUUCUUGACGCCCGGGUUAUGGAGGUCUGUGUUGAGCAUGAUGAUGGAGUAAGAGAGGAUGAAGGGCACGUCCGCAUUGUUGAAGACCACCCAGCCCAGCGGCAUACCACCACCACCACCACCAGCAGCGGUCAGAGCAUCCUCGGCUGACGUGGGCGUGGCGCCGUCGGCCCGCGGACUGCCCCGCUUGCGUCGCACCGCUUUCUUGCGGCUUCGGACGCUGCCGUCUUCCGACCCCUCUUCUUUGGCCGGUGAGCCGUCCACGGAGCCCUCCUCAGCCUCGGCCCUAGUGCUGUGACUGGCCAGCGAGUGGGAGUCGGCGUCGGGGGCGGGUGGCUGUGGAUGUGGAGUGACACCCUCACCACCUUCGUCAGCCAGCUGCCCCUCCUCCUCGUCGUAGAACUCCAUCCGAACCAGACGGGGCACCUUGAGCUCAGCCGGCGACGUGACCGCCACGCCGUCCUUCGUGACGUCCACCGAGUUGCCAUUGCCCUGAUCGAUGGAUGGAUGGAAUUAAGGCAGUUAAAGACCAACCGUCUGCUUGCCUGCCUGCCUGCCACGUCGCAGCGUUCACUCACCUCUGAGAUAUCGCCAUUGUUCUGCUCUACGCGGGUCGUCGGCUCUUGAGCGGGCGGAAGCGCCGCACCAGGAGCCUGUCAGUCACAGGGUCACAGGUGUAGAGGUAGGCAGUCAUGCUGGUGGUGGCUGGUCCCACCAGACUUACGAGGGGUUGCAUGACAUAGUAGGCCUGGGAGAAGCUCUCCAUGAUCCGCUCGAUCUCUUGUGCCUCCCCCGGCAGCCUAAAGGUGGCCAACAUGGCCCUUAGCGCCACCACUAGAGGCAUGCCACGGAAGUCAAAUGACCGCACAAACGACUCCCUGAUGAUUGACAGAUGGACGCACACACACAAGAACAAGAGACACAAUCGCCGGGGUGACUGACUGACAAGCAGAUGGAUGGAUGGAGGGAUGGUGCAGCCUCCAGGUGUGUGCGUGUCACUCCCUCCCUCCCUCCCGCCCUCACCUGACGGACGAGUUCCACUCUUUCCGCUUGGCCAAGUACUCACCGACAACCCUGUGUGGAAGGGACACCAGGAGACAUAGACAGAUGCCAACCAUCUUUGAAACGAUGGCCACCGAUGCCCCUUCCUACCUACCUAAGGUCUAGUCCCGGUGUGUCUUUGAGGAAACUGCACAUGGCCUCAGGGGUGAUGGGAAUGGGCAACAGACCUGCCACAAACGAGCAACAGGUAGGUUGCUCUAGGCAUACACGCCUAUCAUUACCCAGGUUCUGCAGAGGACCGAUGCACUUGGACGGCUCAGAGUUGAACACCUACACACAUGACACACACAGGGAUCUAUCGCACAACCGUCGCCGCUAUCUAUCUAUCUGUCCAUCGACCAAACCGUACCCACCCACCUGUGCACCGAGAGCCAGUCGCUUCUUCUUUUCCUUGCGCACCCGCAGGUCGUCUGCAUCGGUGGGGGUGUCCUUCUUCUUGCGUGCCGCGGCCUCCACGGGCUGAGCCUCCUCCUCCUCCACUGCAGGGGAGGGGGGAGCCGCAAACCGGGGACUGUGGAGCCGGGCAGCUGAUGACACGUCAAAGUGACAUCUAACAGACAAACAGAACAAAUACCAACCAACCAACCACAGACAGGCAGGCAGACACAAGAAACAGUCAGUGCACCAACCAAUGUGCACCCAUCCAUCCCCGCAGGUAGAUGACCUGUGGUGCACGAGCAACUGACCUGGUUGCGAUUGAGUGGACGAUGCUGAGUAGCCCCGACAGAGCAAGUCGGUUGAGUGUGUUGAAUGCCCCGGUGGAUGAGGUGACUGUGCCGAGCUGCACAGAGGAGCCGCCCUCCACCACAGUGUCGACACGUGGGGGCGAGCUCUGCUCCGUGAGGAACUUGACCAGCGUCUCAAACAGGUUGGUGCACCGAACGUCACAGUCGUAAUUCUGAGUCAAGAACGAGGGGCGGACGAAUCAAUCAAUGAAGCAAUCCGACACACGGAUUGCGCUUGGCCACUCACUGACCUCGUAUAGCUCGAUCAUCAGUUCUGCAGGCAGGAGACGGACACAAAUAAAUACACACACGUACAUUCGCGAUCCAGUGAGGGAGGGGUAGGUGGCACUGAUACCUACCUGGUUCUCGGCAGAACUCUAGAAGGGAUUCGAGUGCCAGCUCCCUCUGCUCAAAGCCAGUAGGGGAAUCAGAGUCCGUUGAACGCGCUAUCCUGCACAGGGAGACACAGACACACCGACAGACAGGGAGAAAACAGACGAGAACAAGUGUCUGGUCACUGUUUGCGGCUGGCGUUUCAUCACCCCGGUGAUAGGCGUGAUGUGUUAUGUUUGCAGGUGUGUGGCUGUGACCUGAGGUGUAUGGAGUUGAAGAAGACCUCCAGCUGCACCUUCAGGUGCCUCUUGAAGUACUGGAACAGCAGAAACACCGACCGGAGAGUCACCGAGAGAAGGAACAACGACUCGGUCCGCGAAUUCUGCAGCAAACUCUUGCAUAUAUCGUCCUGAACGACACACACCACAUCACACCACACGGACACACCACAGAGUAUACCCACAUACCUGUCUGCCUGCCUGCCUGCCUGCCUGCGUGCUUCCCUCCCUCCCUCCCUCCCUCCAUCCAUCCAUCCAUCCGUACACUAUUGCUUGGUGGGUGGGUGGGUGGCUAACCUGUAUAACAGCGACGAGCAGGUCCGACUUGGCGACCUCCUCCCCUCCCGUUUCGAGCGCCACAUUCAGCAGCGACAGGCCCAGGGACCGCAUCUCCUGGCAGAACUCCUCAUCCUCAUUCGGGCUCGGCGAAAACCCAAAACCCGAAGCCUGCCCCACACACCAAACCACACCACACAGACACAGCCACCGUUGAAUUGAGUGCACAAGGUAGGUGAUGGCCGUAUCAAGUGGUCCCCACUCCCAUGUCGCUAGGCUCCCUGCCUAGGCUCCCUGCCUUGUCCCCUCUCCUCUGCCCCUGUCUUGUCUGUCUGUCUGUCUGUCUGACCCAAUCGUCGUGGAACUGUCCGUCCGGUCCAGGUGACCGCUCCCUGGUGCGAGGCGACUGCGUGGGCGUGAUGGUGGGGCUAUUGGAACGUGCACCGCGCACUCGAGGGGGUGUGCGAGAGCGGCUGUGCUGGUGGUGGUGCACCUGGCCCGACCCUCCUCCGUCGCCCAGCCGGUUGCUGGACGGCCGGGGGGCCGCCUGCUGGGGAGCGGACGUCGCUGCUGACGAAGACGAGACGGCGGCCGAUUGCUGGUGGCCGUAGGACGUGAGGAAGGCCAGGAACUUGAGCGUCUGAUACAUGCACUCGACACCAUACGGCCGAACAACCUGUCAGAUGGAUCGAUGGAUUACCCGACCGACGUACACAACCACCCCAACCAGAGGACGCCAGUGCAUGCCAUGCUCGCCACAGCUCAUCUGUCCAUCCAUGCAUUCACCGACCUGCCUCUGUUUGGGGUGCACCUUGACCCGAUGUGCCCUGGACUUGUGGCAGCCGAAAAUCGUGAGAAUCAUCUGCAGGAGGAUGUUCUCAGAGCUGCUGCGCAGCAGAUACGACGCACGCGGCUGGCGGCUGACACACAGACAGAAAGAUAAAGAGAAACAAGAAGGAGAGAACACCAUGAGCCGGCCGAACAGACAGUCUGACGAAGCCACUCACGUACCUGAUUUGGUAGGCCUUUUUGACCAUGAGCCAGACGGUCUCAUCAGUCAGAUACUCACCCGCAGGGCAACGCAAGGUGUCGAUCAGCACGCCCAGAAUCUUCAGCAGCACAACCUGCGUGCACAUUGUUGACCUGCCUGCCCUCACGCCAGCUCCUCUAGCGCAACCACAACCUUGCUUCUUACUUCGUCUGAAGGUGUUGCGGAUCCUGUGAAUCGGCAUCCAAGGACGCCCUUAGCGAUGGCAUUGAUGGCGGUAGCGCAUCCCGGGCUGUCGGGGUGGAUGAGGCCAUAUGCAACAAAUUUGUUGACUGCGGCCAGGGCCACUGCGGUGAUCGGGCCAUUGGUUGCCUCGCUCUGGAUGACGUUCAGGAAGGGCUCCAGGUGCGUUACAUCCACAUGGAACUCGUUGACAUACGUCAGCGAGUCAAACAAGUGCUGAAACGACCUCACUAUGGGGCUCUCAGCCUCCCGGGUGAUCUGCAGUGCACCGUAGCAACCAACACACAGCCACACCAAACGAUGACAGUGACUCUGGAAAAGAAGAAUCACCCUCUUUCUCUUUCUUUCUUUCUUGACCUCAGAGAUAAACCUAGCGGCGCUCGUGAACUGCUUGGUCAGUCGCAGAACCUGCACACGUCAGGAAAUGGCCCACACGGUGCUAGAUCUAUGGGCUGUCCCGUGCACAGCGUACCGUGAGGAUGUUGUGAAUCUCCUGACAGACAGGCAGGGAGGCAAAAGAGGAAACACGUAGUGACAGUCAGCCAGUCGGUAUGUAUUGUUUGUUUGCCUCUUUCGAGAUGCUUACAUUCUUGACGCACUUCACAGGGGACACAACCGAAGGGGACGCCUGGAAGGCCUGAAACUCUCCGUGGCUGCUGUGCAUGAUUCACCUCUACGCGUGACCGAGAAGCACAAAGAGCAGCUGCAUCGGGAGGGGAAAAAAAGGGAGAUCA